UUGAUUAAGACAGGUUUUAAAGAUGUUUGUCCAAGGAUAGCACACUUUCAGUUCAUAUUUGUGUCUUCUUUCAUGAUAUUUUUAUUUGCCUUACUGCCUGAUGGCACUACAAUAUGUAGCCAGAUAUUCAGAGGUGUGUAGCCUGCUAAAAUCGAGGAUGGCAGGUAGACUUUCAAUUGUUGAGAAAAAGCAGCUCGAACGAUUUAUACAUGCUGGACCAAAGGAUUUCAACUUGUUAUACAGUUUUACCAGGGACGGUGCGGAUGCAACAAUCUUCCAUCAAAUGUGUGAUAACAAAGGUCCAACAGUAACAAUCGUAUAUAAUACUUUGGAAACGGUUUACGGAGGUUAUACCGAGAAAAGUUGGACAUCAGGUAGCGGACAGUACUGUAGGGAUGAGCAUGCCUUUCUUUUCGGUUUGCAACAGAAUGGAAAGGUGGCACCUGUAAAGUGUCCAGUUAAAGUGAUCGACAGCGCCAUUUACUGUAAAACAACGCAUGGGCCAGUGUUUGGUAGUGGUCCUGAUUUGGUGACAUUCACUGGUACAUUAAGCGUUCAGGAUGACAAAUUCACAACAAAUGCUAAUUACAGUUUCGGAAAUUGCUACGACAUGGGUGGAAUUUCAACAGAUCAAUUUACAAACAAUAUAAAAACAGUAACAGAAUUAGAAGUCUAUAGUGUAACAGAUUCGACGCUAGUGCCCGUUUGGAGGGAAAUGGAAGGAGGUUGGGACAAGCAGGACAUGGAGGAACUGAAGAAUGAAAUGGAUUCUUGGUCUCCGCCUCAUAGGGUUGGUUUGAAAUCGGCAAACAUUCUCUUCCUUGGUCCAGUGGGAGCAGGAAAGUCAAGUUUCUUCAACACAAUCGCUUCAAUUUUCCGUGGUCAUGUCACAGGACAGGCUGUGUGUGGAAGCGCUGAGCAGAGCAUAACGUCAAAGUAUCAAAUGUAUCGCGUACGAGGCUCCGCUCUGGCCAAGCCUAUGAAAUUUAAGUUAUGUGAUACGCGAGGGAUUGAAGAAAAUCAAGGUAUUGAUGGCACAGAACUUAACUAUCUACUUGAGGGCAAUGUUCCAAAUGGUUACCAGUUCAAUCCGUCCACACCAAUAUCACCAGAUAUAUCUGGAUUUAUUUCAAGUCCAACACUAAAUCAAAAGAUUCACUGUGUCUGCUUUAUCAUUGAUGGAAGUACAGCAACUGUCAUGUCCGAAAGAAUGCUAGAGAAGAUAAAAUCUCUACAAACAAAAGUUCGCCAGAAAGGCAUAUCACAAGUAGUGUUGGUAACAAAAAUUGACAAAGUUUGCUCUCACGUAGAAGAGGAUGUGUUCACGGUAUUUCAGAGCGUCGCUAUUCAAGAAUUAGUUGAUAAAGUUUCUGAUAUAUUUGGUGUCCCAAGGAGUCACGUCCUACCCGUGAAGAAUUUCGAGAAGGAAAUAUUCCUCAGAAAUGACGUCAGCAUUCUGGCGCUACUUUCCUUGCGGCAGAUUCUUCGUGCAACCGAAGAUUUCAUGUUUAAUCUUCUGGACUUCAUUGAUGAUAAAAAGAAGGACUCAGAAUCUUCAGAAUGAAAGGUACUGGCAUACCCGAUUUCGCUGGUACUACUAGUAUAAUCGUGAUUUUAUUGUCAAUACUUUAGAAUUAUAUUCAAACUGUUUUGUAGUUUUCAUAUGGGGAUGGAAUACAAUAUACGCGUACUAUUAGCACUCGUUUGCAUCAUACCCAAACACUGCAUGCGAGUCUUGUCUUUUAUUAUACACUUUCUGAUGAAAUUCUGAGAUGAAUAUUUUUGCGUGUUUUCAUUGUUUAUUUUAAACUGCUGUGAGAUAACCAUUCAAUGAAUAUAUACCAUAAUUUUAGACAUGUACAUCAAAUUCAUGAAAAGUGCCUUUAGUAGGGGCCUAUCCUCUAUGGACAAAUCAGCUGUGAUUUUCUUUUCAGUUAGAGGGCAUGUGAUCGUAGCGUAAACAUACUAACAAAAUAUCUGUUUUUACUGUCCAAUAAUGUUACAGCAGGAUGCCAGCAAGCAAGAGUAUUUUAUUGAAAUGUAUUUUGUUUUUAACACUUUUAACACUUAUUAUCAUUAUAUGAAAUCUAAUGAUACACGAGACUACCAAAGUUACCUAUAGUGAAAUGUCCAUCAGUGCUCUUAACGAGAACGAGUUUAUGACAAUAUGACACAAAUAAAUAUGUCAUAUGAUAUCAAUUUAACCUUUAGCCUGCUGGUGGCAAGUGAUUUUUCUUGCCGGCUGAUCGUGGUCUACACUGUCCGCUAUUUAGUCAGUAAAUUUUCAUUGAACACCCCUUUGAAUAACAAAUCGAAUGAUCGGUCAGUCCGUUUUUUACAAUUAGAAAGGUAAAGGUUAAGCCGCUAAGUGAUAUUUAUUGAACACAACUGUGAUGAUUACAUUUUUAUACGCCCGUUUGAAAAACGGGACGUAUUAUGGGAACGCCCCUGGUGGGCGGGCAGGCGUCGUCCACAGACUGUGUCCGGAGAAUAACUUCUUCAUGCAUGGAGGGAUUUUGAUGAAACUUGACACAAUUGAUCACCACUAUGAGACGGAGUGUCAAGCGCAAGAACCAGGUCCCUAGGUCUAAGGUCAAGGUAACACUUAGAGGCCAAAGGUCAAAUUCAAGAAUGACUUUGUCCGGAGCAUAUCUUCUUCAUGCAUGGAGGGAUUUUGAUGUUACUUGAAAUAAUUGUUCACCAUCAUGAAACGGAGUGUCAUGAGCAAGAACCAGGUCCCUAGAUCUAAUGUCAAGGUCAAACUUAGAGGCCAAAGGUCAGAUGCAAGAAUGACUUUGUCCGGAGCAUUUCUUCUCCAUGGCACAAUUAUACACCAUCGUGAGACAGAGUGUCGUGCGCAGGCCCCUUCUUUAGAAUUACUUCCCAUUGUUUUAUUAUAAAUAGCUUAUAUUAUAACUUUUUCAUUACUAGUCGUAGGGAAAAAUCGAGACCACUUUUCUGUAGUACAACAUGCAUGUUGAUGUACUUUGACCUUUCUAUACCUAGAAAGGAAUUUUGUGUGGACUUAGAAAUCUUUUUGGAUUUUUUUCCUUUUUUGUAAAAUUAACUUCACUUAGUUCUUACUAUAAAUAACUUAUAUUGUGACUUUUUUUUAUAACUGACCGUAGGGAAAACCCAAGACCACUUUUCUGUGGUACAACAUAGAUGUUACUUUCAAAUUUUAGGUGUAUUUUAAGGUAUCUCUACCUGGUAAGGAGUUACAAUAAUUACAAUAAUCACUAAACAACCACAAAAUUAAAAUUCCAUUUGCAAAUAUAGGUGCUAGUGUAAAGACAUUUGCUGUGACGGGCGUAUAUUGUGACAUUCUGGCACUCUUGUUAUUAGUUAUUAAAACUGGCAAAAAUGUAGCUCGGGUGGAUGGGUUACUUUAACCCCUAAAGUUUGGUAGAAAUCGUCAUAAUUUGGAAUAAAUUUUUACAGCAAGCCUUUAAUUGAUAUAGUAAGAACAGUUACGUAGGCAACACAUUAACAUCUGAAAGACUGUAUCGAAACAAUGUAGUAAUCUUUCAUUUGUGGCCAAUAAUAGUCUCAAAGAGAGAAUUUUUCGCAUUUCUUAUACACCAGGUUUAUUAAAAUCAGCAUAACUUUUGUUUGACAUACGGUAGAAAACGACAUCCAGCGUUUACGGAUCCCAGAAUGAAUGUAUUAGUUGCUGAAGAAGCUGAACCCUUGCCUUUUUUCUGGGUAACCGUUACGAAAUCGAAAAACUAGAGGACUUACAGAAAUUGGCACACUGACCAUUCGGAAAAUAAAAGAAAUAACUAAUAUAUAAAGUAUUUGAGUUACAAUCACGGGCGAAAUAAAACAUUAAAGGUCAAUUAAAUAAAACAGACAACAAGAGUAUGUUCUAUCUCUUAGACUAGUUACCACUGCUGCGAAAAAUGCCAAAAUGUCUUCAUUAGCAAUUCUCUUAGGUACGUACACUGCCACUAUUUUAUAUUAAUGCUGUGUUAUAGCAUAUAUUUCGUUUAGUAAUGCAUAUGACACCUUUGUCAGACAUGCAUUCAUUUAACAUGCUAUUCUAUCGUCUAUUUGAUAUUUGUUUUCAUGUGUUCAGCCUUCAAUCUUUUUUUAUUUUGUUGUUGUAGUAUUCUGCUUAGCGACAAUUUUCGUAUUUUUACCGUGGGCCUGGGUCUGUUUUCAAAAUGAAAUUAGUAAAUUUUCA